AUGGCAUUGUCAAAAAGGAAAAGAGAUCCAGGACCAAGAAACUCUUUGAGAGCUUCAAGUGCUCAGCGAAGAUUUGCGACGGAUCCUGUCAAUCCGCUACGAUUGCGACCGCUUAGUCCUGACACCUUCAUCACUUCAGGCCUAGAGCAUGUACAGAGUAGCAGACAGCAUGGCCUGCAUCCUGCAGUUGAUGAAGAUGAAAACCUUGUUGAUGACUUGGGCGAGGUUGUUAUGGGCAUCGACAUCAAGGAGGAGGGCACAGUUGGAUGCUGCUUCUACAUCGCUCGUGAGGAAAGACUCAGCAUCCUCAGUGACGUCCAGUUCGGUGGGAAGGAUUUUAUCGAUACGCUCAAGGUCGAAAUCAACCCGACCACCAUAUUGACCUCAACGCGAGCGGAGGAAGCCACCAUGAAUGACAUACGUCAAUUUGAUAAUGCACUUCGCCUUCCGUAUCGCAUAGAUGUUCGGCCGAUCCAAGAGUAUAGUGUCGACGGCGCAAAGGCGAAGUUGGCCGAGUUGGAGAUCUUCCAGCAGGAAGAAGACCUUGCACAAUUCCUCGUUCCCGGUGACGGACUAACUCAACAAGCUGAGGAGGUGAUUGCAGAGAAUGCAGGAUUCUCCUUCGAAAAGGGGAAACUCCUUCGGCUUGGAGGAAUAGUUGAUAUUGAGAAUUCAGUCUCACUGGGAUGUACAGGAGCAGUACUUGCGUAUGUACAAAGGCGAAGCACAGAACACAACAGCUUGGAGAAUAGCAUUGCUACUUAUGCUGUUAGAUCAGUUGAGACAUUUUUUCUCAAAGGAACGAUGCAUGUCAAUCUAAAUACUCUAUCUUCGCUCCAGAUAAUGCAGACUGAAUCCCAUCCGAACUCUUUUAAUCAAGGUCCCCGAAAGACAUCAUCACGAGCAAAAGAAGACCUCUCGCUAUACGGAUUAUUCCACCAACAUCUUCUCACCCCGCAGGGCAAGAGUCGUUUGAGACAAUACUUCUUGCGUCCUAGUGUUGACCUUGAUGUCAUAUCAAAAAGGCACAAGAUCUUAGAUCUCCUUCUUCUGCCUGCCAAUAAAAGUACUCUGCAGAAAAUGUGCAGUUGCCUCAAGAAAGUCAAGAAUAUGUGUCCGGUCAUGACAACCCUCCAUAAAGGUCUUAGUAGUGCUUUCGGUGGCUUCAAAGGCACCAUAUGGGGCAGUUUGCUAAACUUCGCAACACAUACGUUGGACCUCCAGGAAGCAGUCCGCGAGAUGGGUUGUCAGGAUAUGGUGUCUUUUCGUGAAAGGAUGCUUGAAACUCUGGAUGUGGGAAGCCUCCAUGCAGUAGGAAGACUUAUAUAUCAGACGAUAGAUAUUGAGGACUCGCAAGAGCAGCAGAGAACAGUCAUUAAACAAGGCGUGGAUCGUGACCUAGACCUCCUCAAAACCCGAUACAAUGGCCUGGACGGUCUGUUGAAACAGGUUGCCAUCGAUGUUGCUUCCACCAUUCCCGCAAAUCUUCAAAUCGAGGUCAAUGUUAUCUACUUCCCGCAACUAGGCUUCAACAUCGCCAUACCUUUUGAUACUACAGGACGUGCUGCUUAUACGGGAAGUGGUGGAACGUGGGAACAAGUUUUUACGACCGAGAAUAGAGCUUAUUUUAAAGAUGAACGAAUGAGAGAAUUGGACGAGAAGCUUGGCGACAUUUACAGUCUCGUUUGCGAAAGAGAAAUAGAGAUUGCCCACGAGAUAGCACAAAAUGUUCUAAAAUACGAAAAGGUGCUCUCAGCGUGCUCAGAGCUCUGUGGAGAGCUUGAUUGCUACCUUGCGAUGGCCAAAACUGCAGAAGCAUACAAAUUCGCUCGGCCUCAAAUGUCCACAGAGAAUGUGAUUCGAGUCGAAGGUGGACGGCACCCUCUCCAAGAGCUGAUGGUAGCAUCUUACAUCCCCAACGAUGUCAAUUUGCAGGGUGGUUGUGGUACGCAACAGCCAGGGACCGCCAUUCAUUUUGCUGAUCGCCAAUACUCGAAUACCCCAAGCAUGUUGCUACUAACAGGGCCUAACUUUUCCGGAAAGAGUGUAUACAUGAAGCAGGUUGCCUUGAUAGUGUAUCUGGCUCAUAUUGGAAGUUAUGUUCCUGCUCUAAAUGCAGAAAUAGGUAUAACUGAUAAGAUUUUGACUCGUAUCAGUACCCCAGAGACUGUUUCCAAGAUUCAGAGCACAUUCACGCUAGACUUGCAACAGAUCUCACUGCUGUUGAAGUUCUCAACACGAAGAAGCUUGAUCAUUAUUGACGAAUUUGGGAAAGGGACUGAUUUAAAUGAUGGAGCUGGUUUAGCCUGUGGUAUUUUCGAAUAUCUUUUAAGCCUCGGUGGUGAAAGGCCCAAAGUUCUUGCCGCCACUCACUUCCAUGAAAUCUUUGAAAAUAGAUUCUUGCCAGAGAGACCAUCUCUAGGCUUUGGACAUAUGGAAGUCAGAGUUGACGAGGAAAUCGCAAACGCCAAAGAGGAGGUCGCCUAUCUCUACAAUUUCAAGCCAGGACGCAGCAAUCAGAGCUUUGGAACACUUUGCGCUGCCAUGAACGGUGUCGGUGAAGCUAUCGUUGCGAGGGCAAGCGAAUUGGUGUCAUUGUCAGCCCGAGGACAAGACCUCGUCACAGCCUGUGCCAGGAUGUCUAAACAAGAAGAGGCGAUCUUGGAGACAGCGGAGUCUAUUGCCCGCAGAUUUCUGAGCAUGGAUCUAUCGACGAACAUGCGAAGAGAUAUCAAACAGCAUUUAGCAGAUCUGGUAGCAAAUAGAGCGGUCGUCACAUCUGAUUGA